GCGAAAAAUUUGAAUGAAAGUGUAAAAUGAUUUUUCCGUGUGGGUCGAGGUGCGCGGUGUUGAAUGCGAACGCAUGAUCGCGCGAAUGAUACGUUCGAUGAAAGGUGAAAGGUGAGUAAUGAGACUCAAUGAUUCAGGGAACACGUGUUGCGGGCACUCGACGCGUUCAUGAGUGAAAUUACUGGAGUACUAUAGAUGUUACACAGUGAUGAUUUUCAUUUCAUUGAUCGAAAAUAGAAUUUGGCGGACGAUCGAAGAACUGUUUUAUCGAUGUGUAACGCGGUUGAUACACCUGUAAACAUUUUUCUUUUUUAUUUACAAAGUGACGUGUCACUGACGGUGCAAACGGAAAUGCGAUGAUUCCGAGAAGAUAAAUUCAAAAUAUGAAAUAAAAUUCUUCUUGAAUUGAUCCUAUCUUUCGAUCAUUCAAUUCUAGGCUUAAUUAUUUAAAUGAGCGGAUACGACCAAAGUAUCUACAUUUGAAUUUUUCUAAAAUCUGUGUCACAAUUUCUCUUUUUUUUCUUUUUCUAUAUUUCAAGGGAAUGUUGUGUUUCGAAACGUUGGCUCGUCGAAAGUUUCGUUAACCUGUGUCUUGAAAUUCUCGGUAACAUAGUCAACAACAGUGUACGCGUAAAAUUGAGAUUCCUGUCACGAGGAAAACGUGCAUAUAAUUACGUGGCAAGAGAGGAAACGCAGGUGAAUAAAAGAUCCUCCCUUUUUUUCUUUAUACCAAGUACUCACGAUUGUCGAUGACAAGGAAAAGCUUGCUUCUUUAGAAAUAUUAACAUUCUUUUUGUCUCAUCAAAAUACGUUCGCGACAGAUUUUGAAACUUAGUUAAAAUUCCAUGCGUUCGCAAGAAUAAAAUACUCCACGUAUUUGGGUCAUAAUGAGAAACGUCUUAUUUGCAUCCUCCUACUGUAUCAAAUUCUCUACUCGCCCCGUUCGCAACGUUAAUGAAAAAUUUAUGAAGCUGCAACAGGUGAUUCCGUUCUUUCAAUGUGUGGGUUAAACAAUUAGUUUAAUAACUCUUUAACAAAUGCAAUUUCAGUAACAAAUUAAUUUUUAUUUUUUCCAUUCUCUUUAUGAUACAAUUUACAUUUAAAUAUUGAUAACAAACGUGUUUGAUAACAAUCGGGAUCAACUAAAAUGUCGCGAGAGAAUGUAUUCCGAAGAAUACGUUGAACGGUCGUUUCGUGGUGACAAACGACGUGUAUCGUGGCUCUUUCGCUCGAUAGUGGCACACGAAACGUUGCAUAGUUAUCUCGGUAAACGUGGCGCUUAUCAGUGUCGCCAGGUAUUACGUGGAGCGAGCAAGCGAACGGCGCAAAACACACCUGCAUUCCAACGUUCGCUUUUUCGAGCAGACCCAAACCACGUCUCUAGCCUGUCCUUUCCUUCCGAGGGUUCUGCACCUCCUCCGUCCUCGCAACAGGGUGUCCUUUCAAUUCUUGUCAGCUGGUAGAAUGAAAUUUUCGACCACCCUGAAAAUCAUGGAAAAAGAGAAAUGCUAUUUUCGAAACAUGAGAAGACAAUGGUCGAAAGUGUAGAAAGGUUUUCCAAGAAAAUAUAGGAUGUUUCCUUCCUCCGAGUAUGGAAAAAUAAUUCUAUCGAUUUCCCGAAGGAAAGUUACUGAAAUAGCAAACGGAUAGCGAGGCAAUAGGAAACAGAGCGGAACUGGAACGCUCCAAAACGCAGACGAAGUGACGCGAACGUGAAAAAUCCCCGCGACGGAUAGAAUUCAGCAGGUUCGAGGCGGAUGAAAGCCGUCUGUAGCGAAAAAUCGUCAAGUUUCAGUGGGGAACGAGCCGGUGUUCGCCAGUGGAAAGGAUCGGGAACAGGUUUAUAUCGGCGCGUGUGAACGGAGCGAAAGCAAGCUCAGUUUCUGAUCGACUCUGCCGAAGAUCCGCGCGUGAUCCGCUCGAAAUUCGCGCCUAUCUACGAUAAUCAGCAAAAUUUAUCAGUAUGAUAAUAGUGUCGAAAGUUCUCGUUGAACGAACGUUGAUUUGGUUAAAUUGAAGGCUUGUUUAAAGAUUGAGGUAACAGAAAGCUGAUUUAGAGCGUGGGCUGUUAAGGCUACACCUGUGGUCGCCGAGCGUGAAUGAAGCUGUGAAUCCAGUCCAAAUUCCAACCUAUCAUGCUACGUUAAGUAACCUUCUUUUUUUUUUUAUCGAGACUGAAGAACCAUUCUCGAUCAUGUAAAUCAAAGUGGAAGAUUUUUUUAAUUAAAUAAGUGAUAACGUCUGAGAGACACUGAGGAUGCGAUUCAUUAGUGUUGAUGUGGAUACUGUGAAAUUAAUUAAUUUCAAGACUAAUUAUGAUGUUUUUUAAAAAUCAUCAAAAGUUUUAUAAAUGAUUGUGAAGAAUAAUAUGAAAGAUGUUUUUCUUAGAUUUCUCAGAAGUGAUAGUAAUAAGAGAAUGAUAACAUCCAACCAGUCUUAAUAAUAAAGAACAUCUUUCAUCGAGAAGAAGAAUACAAUCUGUGGAGCAAAAGCGAAACACGAUCGGAGGUGUCAGCGUGCGGUUUUCGUCGAAACGAGUGCGCGUCCAGUCGAGUGUCAGAUAAGAUGCGCUAACUGCAUCGACCGCGUAGAAGAUUAAGCAAAAUAAAAGCGAACGAUACAGAGGAGCGAUGGUAUUCGUGUUCGCGAUAACUGGUAUCGGCUGGCUUCGUUUUACAACCUUUCGAUCGGUCUGUCCGCGCGGCGAAUAAAACAUCGGUUCGAAAUUAUAAUUGAUCGAAAGAACGGUGACGCGAUCGACACGAUCCAUCGUGCGGAUUGCGAUGAUCGUGAGCGACAAAGAUCGCGCGCAGAAAAGUACCGGCAUGCGCAUAGCAUGGAGCUUCCGGUUUCCAUCUAUGGGCACCCUGCAGAAUCUAGGCGCCAGUGGUCGUCGUCGAAAGAAGAACGGUAUAUCCUCUUCAGCCUCUUGUAAGGAUCUCUGUCAUAAGCGACACACGGUCCACCUGCAACCGGAAGUAAUUAUUCAGAAGGAACCGUCGCUGUUCGUGACGCCGCCGUCGCCGGAGGAUUCGAGCGAGGAGAAUCAAAGAUUUUCGGAGGCGAAGAGCGACGAGACGGAGGAGGAAGAGGUGGCGAUCAGAAGGGAGGAGCGGGACUCUUGUUUGGGCGAAUCCCUCGCGAAAAGGGUUGACAGCAACGACUACUCCAAUCUACCGAUGGAGCCACCGGAGGAGUCGACACGCAAACUUCUGGAGCGAGAACUUCGACUCCUGGAUCCUAGAGAUCUGAGAUCUCACGCCUGGUACCACGGUAGUACUCUUCGGGGUGGCAGAAAGGGCGCUGAAGCGGAAGUGCCCAACGACGGCGACUUCUUGGUUCGCGACUGUGCCUCGCAACCCGGAAACUAUGUGCUCACGGUUCGAUGGAAGGGUCAACCGCUUCAUUUCGUUAUCAACAGGGUGGUCAUCCAACCGGAGACUGUAUACGAAAGAGCCCAAUACCAAUUCGAGGACGAGGCGUUCGACACGGUAGCAGACCUGAUAACUUUCUACGUGGGCAGUGGUAGACCGAUAAGCCAGGCGAGCGGGGCUCGAAUAAUCACCCCGAAACCAAGAUCCGUUCCUUUGACCUGUGUCGCAGCCUCGACCAACAGCCAACACUGUUCCAGUCCCUCGUCGUCGUCUUUGUCGACCGGUUCCCCGCCUCGUCUGCCACGGAAACAACAGCGUAGCCACUCUCUGUCCGCCCAGCACCAUCCCUCGGACCAGCACGAUGCUCGUCAAACGUCGAACCAGCAAACGACAGUACCUCACGUACCGGUUCAAUCGAGCACUCUACCUCGAGUUCCGCCGAUUCAAAACCAGCCACCUUCGUGUUCCCUCUCGCUGGGUCGUCAAAAGAUCACCAGGGUGACAUCCGACCCGGCUCUCCAACAGCAACAGCAGCCGGUGCACCAGCCAGCGAGUCUGAAUCAUCAGAACUCCCUUGGAACGGCUCCACCAAAGCCACCAAGGGUGCCGUACGCUCUGAACCAUCAACAUCAUCCUCAUCAUCAUCACCAUCAUCACCAUCAUCAUCACCAAGGCUACCAGGCGUCUGGCAGCGACAGUGGAAACGGGUCAGGGGACAGUGAAUUCGAGACUAACAACUCUGGUGGCACCAGUAAUCCAUCCUCCUCGGUCCCCAUCAAGGGGGUCGUGAUCAGGAGCCACUACAACACCAGCAACGAUGGUACCAACGGGAACAAUGGUAACGAGUACGAAUUAUCAGCGGAGGAGCAGCUAGUUGUAGCCGCGCCGUCCUUGGAGAUCAGUACAGCCUUGGACAUCGAAGGAUUCACUACUCUGUUGCUGCCAGCUGGUGAACACAGGCCUCUCGACCCGACUGCCUUGAGAGGGGUGUCCGGAAUGUUGCACGAUUCGGCGCCCAGAGUGUUGGCCUCACACCUGACCAAGAUCGACCUCGAGAUAGCUCUUCAGCCUGGCCCGGGCAACAGAAACGGACUUAGUGGCAUCGAGCUAGCCACCUUGCCGCAUGGCAGGCAAGCUAGAAUAGACCUGAUCGAGAGGUCCGAGUGUUUGAAGCUGUUGGUGGCGGUGACUGUGCUGGCUGGAGCCACCGCGAUCGAGAGGGCUGCCACGAUCAGCAAAUGGAUCAAGGUGGCCAUCGACACGAAGACUGCUCUGGGCAAUCUGUACGGUUUCUGCGGCGUGAUGCUUGGUCUGUGUUUGCCGCAGAUCCAGAGGCUGGCUAACACGUGGCAUCUGUUGAGACAGAAACACACGGACGAGGCGUUCAGUUUCGAGGCGAAGCUGAGACCCACCCUUAGGGCGAUGAACGAGUGCACGAACCCUCAAGCUCCCAAUACUACACUGCCACAUCUGCUGCCCGUCGCUCUGUUGGGAGAACGCGGUCCUGAGGACAUUUUAGGAACCGUAACCCCAUCAGGCUUGGCAGCAGCUAUCCUAUCCCCAUGGGAAAACUCAGCGCCUGAUUGCGGUCUGUCGAUCGUUUGGUCGCACUUGGAAUCGGCUCGAAAGAUGACCGAGAACCUACCAUUGUUCCGUAGAAACGCGGAGAUCGUGCUCGAGGGUUCCAGAAGCGACGAACUCUUAUCCGACGCGUUUCGAACGGAGUUUCACAUAAAAUUCUUAUGGGGAAGCCGUGGUGCUACCGUGGCACCCGAGGAGAGGCACUUGAAGUUCACCCAAGUGUUGGACGCGAUGUUCGAUAAAUGCUCGUCGAGCGAGGUAACGGCCUAAACGCGACCAAAGGAUGAAUUAUUUUAGACCUUUUUUAUAAGAACUUUGUUUUCCUUUCUCGCGAGAGAAUAUAUUCUCCUGGCUGGAAGAGAACACGGGACCCGAACAUUUACUUUCGGCUUACUUUUACGUGCUCGAGUAAAUUAUACUUAUGUAAUUAUGUAAUUAAGUGACUGUAAUUAAACUGUAAUUUUCGCGGGUAUUUUAUUUGAGAUAAGGUUCGCGAUUGUGAUGAACACACUUUACGUCGGUCGUGUAUGUGCUUAGAGUUCGAGCAAAUGUUCGUAAUCGAAGAUCGUUUUGCUUACGACCUUUCUAUUGCAAUAAAGUCGUAGCUCGUAAGUGAAACGCAAUUUUCCUAUCGCGACGUAGUAAGGAAACAAUGAUAAACGUGACAACGAAAUAACACGGGCACAUUAAAAUGAUCUGUCGCGAUAGGUGAAUCAUGCUCGUCGCUGAGGAACAAUCAAAAGGAUAGCAGUAACAGAAAGAGAAGUACAUAACUUUGGAGAGAUAUAAUCGCAAAUAAUAACAAUGAAACGUGUCAUAUUUAACAAACAAUUCCUGAAAAUAUUAAUGAUCCUUCCGUCAUUAAUAAUGACAAUAUGAUAAUCAAAUCGAGUUGAAUUGUCGUGUACUUAAUCUUUAAUCGAUCCUAUUAUUCGGCCGAUAAUACGUUGUAAAUGUUGUUCAUGUUUGUUCACAUUUAAUAUACGAAGAAUGAAAAUCAA